ACAUCUCGUCGUGUCAUUGAUGUGACGAAGGCAGUGCUAUCACGAGGUGACUGAGGGAGUGAACUGAAGCUAAACUAAGUACGCUUAUUCAAUUACUGUACUAAUGUUAAGUACACAUCAGAAGUAUUCAAUUCACCGCCGAUAAACAGCUGUUUAAAUCAAGAGAAACCUUCGGCUAUCUUCGGAUUCAGUCGGAAUCGAUGUUGUCACUCGACGCUGUUAGCACACCACGCCUCUUCCACGCGUCACGUAACAGCAACACAUUCAAGGUUACAGCUAUACAGCACAUGUAAGAAGAAGAAUGGACUCACAUCUGACUAAUAUAGGUCGGUCAGUUUUAACCUGACAGAAUGCACAUCGUUGAUUUUGUCUCCGGAUCACUUGCAGGGGCAUGUGGAGUUGCAGUGGGAUAUCCUCUUGACACUGUGAAGGUCCGGAUCCAAACCCAGAGACAGUUCACUGGAGUAUGGCAGUGUGCAGCGGCUACAUUUUCAAAGGAAGGGGUGCAUGGCUUUUUCAAAGGCAUGUCCUUACCUCUCACAACAAUCACAAUGACCUCUUCAGUGGUGUUUGGGACGUACAGAAACUGCCUGCAAUGUCUGAGCCAGGCACGAGGAACUGGUCUGAACACCAAACUGGAUGUCCUCCUAUCUGGUAUGGCAGGAGGGAUAGCUCAGAUAUCGGUGAUGUCUCCUGGUGACAUAGUAAAAGUACGUCUGCAGUGUCAGACAGAGUCCAAGCGUAGGGGAGCCAACGCACCCAAACCCAAGUACCACGGUCCAAUUCACUGUCUGCUGAGCAUUAUAAAAGAAGAGGGGUUCAAGGGGCUUUACAGAGGAGUGCUGCCACUUAUGCUCAGAGACGGGCCUUCGUAUGCGACUUACUUUUUGACUUACGCAACCAUCUGUGAAUGGUUGACUGACAAGGACAAGACAAAACCGGAUUUGAGUAGUAUCAUGCUGGCUGGUGGAUUAGCUGGAAUGGUAGGUUGGACCAUAGGAACGCCAAUGGAUGUGAUAAAAGCCCGUCUUCAGAUGGACGGAGCACGGGAGACAAAGCGAUAUAGGGGUUUUUAUCACUGCAUCACAGAGACUGUGAGAGUGGAGGGAUUCGGCGUGUUCUUCAGGAGCUUAGGCAUCAACUGUGUGCGGGCGUUUCCUGUCAACAUGGUGGUGUUUGUUACAUAUGAGGUUCUCACAGGUCUUCUUAAAAAUGCAUCUGAUGAUCCCCCUCGUUUAGGCUUAGAAUAGUAUUGAAUACCUCCUACCUACCUGUGCGGUUUACAAAAUGCCAAAGACAUUUUGUUGUCUGUUGCAUUUGGGUAUUUUAUUAAUGUUCAUAUUAUAAUAUUUGGAGUUUGAACAAUUUGUUACAUUUAUGACAUUCAGUUAAGUACAGUACUAGCAUAAAUCCUAACAUGUUUUAGAGGAAGGUAGAGGAGUUAUUCAGUAAUGUUGGUCCCAGUUAUUGGUCCUGCAACCCUCUGACCACUAGAUGGCCUCCCUGGCCAGCUCGUUACCCUCGCUUUUCUUGUUGCUCUUCAGUAUGUUGACAGGAAAAAAACAGUACGAGUGACUGGUUCGGUGUGGAAUCUGAAGAGCAGCGCACUAUGGGAUCUAAACAGACUUGAGACUGUUAAACUUGAGAAAUAUUUGACUACAUCAAGACCCUCUAAGGCCUUGGGUUGAGAAUCAUGAAUGAGCUGCAGCACGCACAAUUUAUAUGUAUGAUUCAUGACCAUGUCCAGAGAUAAAGCUUGUUAUUUUCAUCCCAGGAGCGAAGAUGCACAGUCUAAAUAAAAUAUAAUAUGUUCAUAUUUUAAAACUUGAUGAAAUGGAUUUAUAAGGGAUUAUUCUACAGAGUAAUUAUAAAGAGGAAAGAGCCUCAGGAUGAUCCGCUUCUGGGUUUUGAACAGUAUCAGUGUUGGAGACUUCUUUCAUGAACAAUACGGAAACCUGCAAAGCAAACUUGUUUUACUGUCAACCUCUAAAACAUUUAUUAAAUUGCUCUUUCCUAGAAAACUAAACACAAGUGUUUUAGACUUGCUGCUAUCAAGUGGAGAUAUUUAAAGGGAAUAAGUGUGGUGUCAAAGUGUAGGACAGACUUACAUCAGGGUUCUUUGCUAACAGAAAAUAUAUGUGAAGUAUAUUUCCUGUUAUUUAUUAUUGUUAUGAAUAUCAUGAAAAUGCUUUUUGUGCCUUCCAUAAUAAAGGAGAUCGAUAUAACUAC